ACGAGAUAGAAUGAGCAAGAUGACCAGCUGAGUCGCUCUCCGGCCUGCGCGAGCUUGCAUUUGGCUUCACACCUCACGUGGUUUGCGCAAAUACUAAGAUGUACUUCUUGCAUUCCCCAUCGAUGCUGCUUUUUUGGACUGGCCUUGUGGUCAGCGCUCGCCGCUUCGACACGCAAGUGGCGGUAAAGGAGCGUUCGGUUUAUUACGACCCCUAUGAAGGGCUGGCCUGCUACUGCAAGCAAGCCGAGUCAGAGGACCAGUGCCCAGAUGAGAAGGCCACGAAUGUGGGGCCUAACCGUUACCGCAUGUUCCACAGCGAGGAGAAACAAUGUUGCAAGCUGUCCUACACUUCUAUGUUUACCUGGAAGGGCUGGAGCUACAACAAGCAGGAGGACUUCUCACUCUGCGACAAUGAGACGAAGAAUAUGUCAGAGUCCUGUUGCACUGUGGAGGACCGCUUUGGAUCGUUCAGCAUUCGGGUGAGUUCUGUGACUGUCACCAAUUUCGUCCUCAAGAAUGGUGGAUCCGCUUCUGACCGAGACUUCAGGAAGAGCUUGCCCUACUUUUACAUAGAGGACAUCAUUGGUGCCACGGAUUUUGACGGCACGCCGGUGAAUAUGUCAGACGCGCAGGAGUUUGCCCGCUUGCAGCUGGACCAGCCAGAUCGUUAUGCUGCUGAGCGCAGCAAUUCUGCGUACAUCCACAACGGGAGGCGCUUGUUCUGCAACCGCGGCUUGAGGAAUGUCCCCAGAGCUGAUGGCACCUGCCUGCUUCGCAAGUCUAGCGACAGGCAGUGUUGUUGCCAAGAGUCCCUCAUCAAGCCGGCGCGGAAGUGCAUGGCAGUGGAUGGGGCUCCAGUCGACGUUGCCACAUACUUUGUGGAAGGAAUCUACACACGGCGUUCAGAGCAUGGUCAUUGGACGGGGAGCGUUUCGAUGCGGUAUAAUAUACUCACCUUCCAAAGUGAUCAGCGAGAGGAGAAGAUGCCGACAACCAUCUCUGCACCGGAUGCACAAGCAGUUGACCAUCCUAAAACAGAGGCAAACGAAUCGGAGAUGAUGUUCAACUGGGCGAAGAUGGAUCAGUGGAGCCGGAGGUGUGUUCAGCAGAAGAUGGUGGAGUUUGUCAAGUCACACUCCCACAGCAAGAGGGUUCGUGCCGGCUCAACUUGCACCCGAGUUGGCAAGGUUACGACCUGCCGACCGAGAUACAGAACCAAACGGUGGACGACUCACACUCAGGAGUAUAAGAGUGAAUGCAUCAAGUAUGAGUACACUCGUGCUUGUCCGGCAGGGCAGGGCAUGUAUGAAAAGCAGAUUCCGGAAGGCCAAUGCAUGACAGAGCCCAGCGCCAGCAACAACGAUGAGCUGCAGCUGGUGGAGGUGGGCCCAUUGAGUCACGAGUGCCCAGACAUGCACGUCAGCGGCCUCGCGGGGAACCGCAUCUUCAGCGCAGCCUGCGCCUGCAGCUGCUGAGCGCCAUCCGCUUUCCACGAGCUGUGGCCGAAAGGUUGCGGAGCGUCGGUCCAAAGCCGCUGUGCGCCGAGAUGCGCCGAGAUUUUGCCAAGAGGAAAACUGCAUGCCCUCUCUCCCACUAACAUGCCUCCAAGAGGAAUCCGAUCUUCCGGGUACCCUCCCACAAGUGCCACGUCAGUCGGAGGAAGGGCAACAGUUGCAGCAGGAGCAAUUCCUUUCAUUAGCCCUUCGUACAGAGGCGUUCAUCAUCAUGACUUGCUACCCACGCCCUGACGACAUGCUUCAAACAAAGGUGAGAUUCGACUUGUUUGUCCCUGGUCAAUCUCGAUAUUUGUUUCUUC